CUGCAAUGAGACGGAUAUGAGUAUCGAGAUACCCGCCCCGGACCUGCCCAUGACAAUCCUACUCACGAGUAACCACCACAUUUACCUUUUCCGCCGCUCUCUAAUAAAUUUAUUCUAGCGGGUCGGUCGGAAUAGUGGUAACUGACUGUUUUAAGAGGGGUUGACUCUGAAAGCGGCUCAGCCCUUCAAACCUCCUUCCCAGUUUCCUGCCUGCCUGCAAUCGAUCUCCCUUCUUCCCCACUCCGCUUUUCACUUCCAUGACUCUUUCCAAUAUCCAUCCCAUGAUCUCCUUCACAUUAUCGCUACAUCGUAACUUCUUAAACUCAAUAACGAUCGCUUCUCUCAGUAUUCCUUCAAGAUACCCUUUUUAGGGUCCCCUUCCAAUCCCUCAGCAGCUGCCCGUUCUUCCUAGCACAGUUCUCUUAACUUGCUGCGAAUAUGUGGAGGAAUUUCGCCAGACGAGUUUCUUCCUCCAAAAGGGUCAAAUUCCCUUCAAGCAGUGCUUCCCGGUGAUCAGAUAUGCGACAGCCUCCUUAUCUCGCUCUCGGUGGCUGCGACAAUUGGAAAAGCAGUUCCCGAAUUGCCAGGAAGUGGCAUUUUGGAGCGGGAGAAGUGACGAUUUAGGUGAUCUUGAUCUGGUGAGCUAACUCUAGUCUCUGUUUUAUUCUCAAGAUCGAGAAAAGAUAUGGAAUCAAAGCUGCUGAAUGUUGGUACCCAUGAAGCGGGAAACGAGUUUGAGUCUUCACUAAGGCAAGCUUUCAUGGAACUUGAACCCAGAUUAAGGCCCCCAUUUUCUAUAGCAAUCCCAACCCCGCAGGAGUAUUCCCAACUCAAUCAUGCUCUUCUUUACGGGGUCCUAACUCCUAACUGAACCACAGUUUGCCAAGAUUCAUCUUAAGCAUCUUCAUGGCUUGGUCUCCGAUGGGUAUGCCCUUUUUGUUAGUUUGACUCUUAGGGUUGUGCUUGAGUUGUACAACAAGCUAGUUGAUUCUGUGAAGCAGCAGUUGAUUUGGGCUCUUAACGAAAUCGUUGGUGUUUUCGGGGUUGGGUUUGAUGGUUUGCUGGUGGGUUUGUUGAGGCACACUGUCGGCUGUGAUUAUACUGAUAGGGGUUUAUUGUUGUGUUUUGAGCUUAUUAAUCUGUUAUUGACAAACUUCAUCUCUUUACUGGAAGAAGAGCCCUCUGUGUUGACAAGUGCAUUGUAUGUGUAUCUUCGAUUGUUGGCCGAUCAUUGUAGAGUAUCAGGCAAUGUCCGAUCGGACUUCUUGAAGAAAUUGGAGAUUGAGUUCUGUGUGAAGAUGUUGAGGGAGCAGUUUCAUUUGAGUAUGAAGAUUGGGAGGGACCUAGUUAGGCUGCUUCAGGAUUUGGUUCAUGUCCCAGAGUUUCGCAAUAUAUGGAAGGAUUUAGUUCUGGAUCCAACUACAUUUGGAACUGAGGGGUUUUCAGAUGUUGGACAACUGUACUCUACUAGGACCUCAAGUAGGUACUUCUUGCUUCGAGUCACCCCAGAAAUGGAGCUUCAAUUGAGGUUCUUACUUGUUCAUGUCAAGUUUAGGCAUCUGAAGCGUUACCAAACGUGGUUUGCCAAGAAGUUCCUGUUUGAGCCGGAGAGGGAGACUCUUAUAGUUGACAUUAUUCGUUUCAUAUGCUGUGCUCAUCAUCCAUCUAACGAAAUUAUUCACUCUGAUAUUGUACCUAGAUGGGCAAUUAUAGGUUGGUUGCUAAGUAGUUUUAGAAAGAAGUAUGUUGAAGCCAAUGCAAAGUUGGCAUUAUUUUAUGACUGGCUUUACUUUGAUGAAAGAAUGGACAACAUAAUGAAUAUUGAGCCGGCAAUGCUUCUGAUGGUGUGUUCCAUGCCACAGUAUGUCGGCAUGACCCAAUCCCUUCUGGAGUUUUUGUUGCUUCUUGUGGACAACUAUGACCAGAUGCGUUCUUAUACAGUUGCUAAUGGUGUGUCGUUAGCCUUCAACAGUCUUGUCACUAAAGGGGUUAUAAACAAUGCGGGUACUCUGACAUCAUGUGACGCCCUUUCGCCUUUUCUGAAAGAGAGACUGAAGAAGUUAUUGUCAAGCACGAAUGAGACACUCCCUCAUCAGUUAUGUCCAAGCCGCCUGCCUCACUGUUCUGCAGAUGCUUCACAUUUGGAGACUCCAGCUUCACACCCAAAACAUGAACCUGCAGGUGCUUGACAACUAAUAUGUGUUGAAGACUUGCACAAUUUCUCAAGACACACAGGAAAUGGUAUUAGACGAGGCGUACAGAGUAUUGUGGGAGUUUAUGUGUCUGAUUAAGAAGCAGAGAGGAGUGAAAUGUCAAGUAGAUGGUCUAUUUAACAUAGAUAAUUUCGAGUUACAUGUUGUACGAGUGCCUUGGGUUGCCUAUCUGUCAAAAAACUUACACAUGUAUAUUUGUCUUAUAAAAUCAAUCAAUGGCAAAGGAUGCUGUUUUAUGGAAUCAACAGAAUGGGCAAAGGAUGCUGCAGUUUUUCCAGUGCACUACCCUAUCCCUCAAUUGUAAAGCAUCAAUGAUGUUGAAAGAUGAAAGCAGCUCACUCUGGAUUCUGUGUCCUUGGGUUUGUUACUCUUGGGUUAAAUGUAUCAGGGAUUCAGAAGAACCAUUACAAUGGACAGAGCUUCUGGCGAGCUUGAUCGAUCAGUACAAGAUUAGGUAGUGAAGCUGGAGCGAGUUUUGCUUCAUAAUGAAGGCAGUAAAUGAGA